GUUUUGAUCGUAUAUAGAGAGCUCUUCGAAUAGUAGAAUAUAUUAAAAAAAUGUUUUUUAUAUAAAUAAGUAAAAAUUCUACAGGUUUAACCUUGAAAAUCAGAGACAAAGAAAAAAAGAAACAGAAAGUGGAAGGAAAAGAGAUAGAAAAUGAUAAUUUGUAUUAUAUAUCGUGACAGUUAUGUCACGGUCGCCCUUUAACCGUGACAAGCAAUAUGCACGAUACGCGCGCCACUAUUGUAUUCCUGUAGAAGAACAAAAACACGUGGCACUUCUCAAGUACACUAGGAGCUUAAAUAUGAUACGAUACUCUAACAAAUUGUGACGUCACUUAAUAAACGCGGCAAAUUCGUGUUGUCCAGGUCACAUUUCACAAACACAUGUUGACAAAUAUACGUAUCAGAAUCUUUAGAGACCCAACUUUUAAGAUUCUCUCAAAACGAUUUUUAAAACAUAACAGCUAUUUUUAAGUAAAAGUUCUGAUAGUCAAAAAAUGAGUCAAUUGCAAACUCAUUUAAUCGCUGCUGCUAUUGGAGCAACUAUCGGUGUUAUAAGUGCGGCUAGUAUCUUUAUUUACCAAAAAGUUUUGGAAAAACAACAACAUGCUAUGAAAAACGCUCACUUAGAUGAAGUUGACCGUCGUCUCACGGAGUUACAAACAGAAUUGGAAAGAUUGAGAAUACAACAAAAUCAACAGAGAAAGAAGAAACUUAGUCGUAAACGUGAUAAUGAUAAUACACUUACUACAACAGAGAAUGAUACUGAUCGCUUUUCAAUAGCAGCUACAGAUAUAGAUGAUGAAUUUUUUGAUUGCUCAGACAGUGAAAAUAAUAUAAGUGACAUUGAAAAUAGGGCAAUUGAAGCCACCUAUUUUGGAUUAGACUUUUCCAUUUUUGAUAUACAUUAUCAUCAUGGGGGAUAUGAAGAAGAUGAUUAUCUCAAAUUACAAAGCUUUACAGACAGUUAUCCAGAUAAUGUAGAUAUAGUUUGGAGGUAUGCCAGAAGUUGUUACAAAUAUUCGCACUGUAUUAUUGACCCAAAUGCAAAAAAAGUUACAAUUUGUGCAGGUAUUAAUGCAUGUGAAAAGCUUCUUAAUGUAUCAAAUGCAUAUUUGCAUAAAUGGUAUGCUAUACUCGUGGGUGUAUAUGGUGAAUUUUUGCCAAUAACAGAGAAAAUAAAAAACGGUUAUCGUUUCAAGGAGCAUGUAAUGAAGGCCUUAGAAAUAAGUCCAAAUGAUGCUGAUCUACAUCAUUUACUUGGUAGAUUCAAAUAUGAGGUGGCUAACUUAAGUUGGAUUGAAAGAAAGGUCGCUGCAACAUUAUUCUCGGAGCCACCAAGUGCCUCAUAUGAAGAUGCAAUUGAUAGCUUCCAGAAGGCAGAAAAUUUUUCAAUCGAAGUAAAUCUGGAAAAUCAAUUAUUUCUAAGCAAAUGUUAUAUAGCUUUGAGCAAGUAUGAAUUGGCUUGCAAUUGGCUGGAGAAAAUUUGCGACUUUUCAGUUGUGAGCAAAGAUGAUGAAAAAAUACAAAACGAUGCUCGUCAACUUCUUACCAAAUAUUCAAAAUAUCAUCAGUAGCAUAAAAGUUUUAAUAGAUCUGGAUCUGGAUCUAUUCAUAUGUUCUAAAUAUAUUAAUCGCGUAAUAUACGUAAAUAAUUCAUAGAAUAUAAGAAAAGAAUAGAGAGAGAAGAUAAAG